AUGUUUAUCGAAGGAUCACGUGACACGAAAGCAAACACGCCCUCAAUAUACCUAGACCAAUCUGAGAGAACGGAAGUGAUACCAGAUAAAAGCUCUGAUUGGGAAAACUUCGGGGGACGUGUGGUCGCGGUAGCAUGUGGCAUGAGGUGGUAUGAGGGUGGCGUAGCGGAAGGGAAAGUCCACCACACUCGCCUUCAAGAGGACCUUUUAGAUCUUCCGGACUCCGCCGCACCCAGUCACAAAGUGGAGGUCAAGUUCUCAGGUCAUCAUAAUCUUUCGCCAAAAUUACUGCGUCGGAGAUCGAACGACGAGGCGGCCAGACAGCAGCAGCACCAUCAACACCACCAGCACCAGAAUCACCACCAUCGCGAAAACCAUCAUCACCACAAUUACAAUCAUCACAGCAAUCAUCACAAUCAACACCACCAGUCACAGCAACUGAAACAACUACAACAACACCACCACCACCAACAGAAACAGCCCAAACAACACCACGCGCAGCAACCACACCACCAACAACACCACCACCAACAGAAACAGCCCAGGCAACACCAGCAGCAGCACCACCACCCCGUCAGCUACCCCGACAGCCGGCGCUUCGGAGGCAGACAAAUGGUCGAGAGAGGGUUUGCCUUCCGGGCCGACGAGGAGAACGGCGGGCGUGUGGGCGUGUAUCCAGUGGGCUCUCCUGACGAGGGCGGUGCGUCGAACCCUCCCAUGGACGCAGCGGCGAUAGGGCCUCCUCCAGGACCGAGUUUCGACAAGACUCUUCCGAGGAAUGUGACCAUACAGGCGGGCAAGAUGGCGAUCCUGUCCUGCAGGGUCUUCAAUAUUAAUGAUAAGUCGGUAUCCUGGAUCCGCCUCGACGACCUCCACAUCCUCACCGUAGACAAAUACAAGUACAGCACCGACCAGCGUGUGUCUGUGGUGUUCAACGAGCCAAACCUGGAGUGGGUAUUGCGGAUACGAAGUGUCACGCCGGCAGACCAGGGCCGCUACGAGUGCCAAGUGUCGACCAAACCGGUGCUGAGUUAUAUUGUCAACAUGAGGGUUGUGGGGCGUGGAUCCUCAACGCCCCCGAGAUCUACGUGCAUCGGGGGUCGCCCAUCAACCUCACCUGUGUCAUCACCCACGGGACCGAGCGACCGGUGUUCGUCUACUGGUACCACGAGAACAAGGGCAUGGAAGGCAGAUCACAGCUGUUGACAUCAGCUGAUAUUUUUGAAUCAGAGACACAAAUUCGUUGA